UGCAGCUGGACAAAGCCACCCAGUGCAGUCGCAUAUAACUGUGCUCUGCUUUGAGGUUUGUGCAGACAGACCUGCUGUAUCCCAUAGAACCCAUAGGAGAAAGUAAACGCUGCAGAUUUGCUAUGAGCAAUACUUCCAUUUCAAACCCAAGACAUACAGAAUGAAUCUCUUCCGAAAUACAUUUCAGUGAACUGGACCGAAUUUUUGUCAUCGACAUUUACUGGAAAUUGUCCAUCAAAACAGCAUCCUUUCGACUCAUGUGUCACGAUAUAUAGCGCGUGAGAGCCGCUAUAACAGCGCGCUCAUCCGCGCAUUUUACGCACAAUGGAGAGCCUGCUGAAAGACGUGAUUAUCUGGCACUUCAACGACUCCUGGGUGAAUUCAAGCAGGGGAAACGACAGCAGGGGAUCGAACCAAACCGUAAACCCUCUCAAGCGCAACGAAGAAGUGGCUAAAGUCGAAGUAACCGUCCUUGUGUGUAUUCUGCUGCUGGCGCUCGCCGGCAACCUGUGCGUCCUUGUGGCUAUCCAGACGAGUAAACACGGUCAAUCGCGGAUGUACUAUUUUAUGAAACACCUGAGCAUAGCUGACCUGGUGGUGGCGGUUUUUCAAGUUCUCCCCCAACUUAUCUGGGACAUCACCUUUCGCUUUUAUGGACCAGACUUUCUGUGCCGCCUGGUGAAGUACCUACAGGUGGUUGGCAUGUUCGCAUCCACUUACAUGCUCGUGCUGAUGUCUAUCGACAGAUGUUUGGCUAUAUGGCAGCCUCUGCGAUCCUUGCGUCGUCGAAAGGACCGUUUUUAUGUUUUGGCCUCUUGGAUUAUAAGCCUGCUCUUCAGUUUACCACAGGUUUACAUCUUCUCUCUCAAAGAAGUGGGUGAUGGGGUUUUCGACUGCUGGGGGGAUUUUGUUCAGCCCUGGGGCGCAAAGGCUUACGUCACAUGGAUUAGUCUCACCAUCUAUAUCAUUCCUGUAGCUAUUUUAAGCGUUUGUUAUGGACUUAUUAGUUAUAAAAUAUGGCAAAACUUUAAGCUGAAGACUCGACGCAAUCAGUGCCUGUCGCUGACCCCGCGACCCGCCAAGGGCACCGCGCUCUCCCGCGUCAGCAGCGUCAAGUUGAUCUCCAAAGCUAAGAUCAGGACAGUGAAAAUGACGUUUGUGAUCGUCCUGGCUUAUAUUAUCUGCUGGACGCCGUUUUUCUUUGUUCAGAUGUGGUCAGCCUGGGAUCCAAUGGCUCCAAGAGAAGCUAUGGCAUUCAUCAUUGCAAUGCUUUUGGCCAGUCUAAACAGCUGUUGUAACCCCUGGAUCUACAUGUUUUUCGCUGGUCAUCUGUUCCGGGAUCUCAUGCAGCGCUGUCUUAUGGCAUCUCGCUGUGGCUGUAAGAGGCAGUGGAGAUCUGAAAGCCAUUCAGGCACGGGUGUAAUGAGGAACACCGGCAGCCAGAAGAGUGUGACACAGUCCUCUACUACAUGAAAGAAAGUUGGAAUGACUGCAGUUCGUAUAUAACCAUCAUGGAAAGAACAAGAAGAUCACAUAAGCUAAGGAAUCAUUAAUAUGAUUUUUACUCAUGUGGUGCAGAGUAGACCUCAGCUAUAUAGACAUGCAAUCCUCUUCAGCCUAAAAUAUGUAUCUUAACGAAAGUAUAAUGCUUGACCUGUAACAGUUUUUGGAACAGGAGCCAUUUACAUCUAUCCAUGCAUUCUCCAAACCGCUCAAGGCCCGUUCACACCAAGAACGAUAACUAUACAGAUAAAUAGAACGAUAACUAUAUUAGCAUCCACACCAGUGGAUGAUAUCGAUCUGUUUAUUAACCG